CUCUGUGUGUCUCUCUGUGUGUCUCUGUGUCCCUCUGUGUGUCUCAGGGCGUGUAUACUUGGAGACGUGGUGUAUCCCAUCUCUCUCUGUCUCUCUGUCUCUGUGUGUCUCUGUGUGUCUCUCUCUCUGUGUCUCUCUGUCUCUGUGUGUCUCAGGGCGUGUAUACUUGGAGACGUGGUGUAUCCCAUCUCUCUCUCUGUCUCUCUGUGUCUCUGUGUGUCUCAGGACGUGUAUACUUGGAGACGUGGUGUAUCCCAUCUCUCUCUGUCUCUCUGUGUCUCUCUGUCUCUGUCUCUCUGUGUCUCUGUGUGUCUCUGACUCUCUGUGUCUCUGUCUCUGUGUGUCUCUGUGUGUCUCAGGCCGUGUAUACUUGGAGACGUGGUGUGUCCCAUCUCUCUCUGUGUGUCUCUCUGUCUCUGUGUGUCUCUGUCUCUGUGUGUCUCUCUGUGUCUCUGUGUGUCUCUGUGUGUCUCAGGGCGUGUAUACUUGGAGACGUGGUGUUCCCCAAGGAGAGGUUUCAGUUUUCCGGACAAAGUGUGACAAUCACCGAAUGCAUGGACGACAUCGGAGUGGCAUCUUUGGUUUGGCGUCCGUCUGGCGCGCUUCCUGGAGGCCAAUCAGCAGCGCUACCCAAUGGCGGGGCGCUCCGUGCUGGAGCUGGGGGCGGGCACGGGGCUCGUGUCCAUCGUGUGCAGCCUCCUGGGCGCCGACGUCACGGCGACGGACCUCAAGGAGGUGCUGGGCUCCCUCUCGACGAACAUCGCCAACAACACGCGGAGCGGCGACGGACGCCCCCGGGUGCGCGAGCUCACCUGGGGCCUCGGCCUCUCGGCCUUCGACGGCACCGCCUACGACUACGUCGUGGCCAGCGACCUCGUCUACAGGGAGGCCUCGCUGGGGCCACUCGCCCUCACGCUGCGACACUUCCUGGAGGGGGCCCGCGGAGGUGGUGGAGGUGGAGCCGGUGGUGGUGGUGGAGCCAGAGCCAGUGGAGCCGGUGGUGGAGCCAGAGGAGCCACGGCGUUCUUCGCGCUCAAGCUGCGCUUCGGCUUCUGCGAGGAGUUCGUGCGCCGACUCCGCCGGACGUUCCGCGUCCGCGCCCUCGCCGAGUGGCCCGAGGACGAGACGGUCAUCCUCGAGCUGAGGGCUCGCGAGGGCGGGGAGGGCCGUGCCCGGGGCCCGGGGGGGGCCCCGGGCACGGCCCUGUACCCCAUCGGCACCGACGCCGUCGACCGAGACGGUUAA